AUGUCUUCCACCAAAGUGCUCUUCUUCGGCGAGCAGACGAGAAUAAAUCCAGUACAAUUAGGCCACUAUGCCACCAAACACGUUAUCGAUCAAUCUAGAGUCGUUGAAGCGACGGUGGCACAUGGACUUACCACUGACCAGACCGCGACGCCAACGAACGCCAGUGUGACGUCGAGUCCCAUAACUCGCCAAACUCCUGACCUGCAUGAACGCCAUGUCUCCAUGCCACCCGCUGUGGCCGGCAACACGACCUCCCUCUGCGACACGGCCGCCGCACCGACUCAGCAGAAAUGCUUGGGACCAGAGCAAGCCUUUCCUCGCUUCACGCCCAAUUUGCCGCCUCGACUAAGGAAGGCAAGACCAGGUCGGCGCGAGCGAGCACUUCUACGCUUCCAACGGGAGGCAGGUCUUCUCCAGGAAACCGUCACCCAGCAGCAAAACCAGGCGACUGCCCCUAUAGCAGGUCAUGGCACUGUCGAAGCAUGGAUGGGAGCAACAAAUGUCGUGCUGUCAUCGCCGGGGUCCAACGGAAUAGGCGAAGUAUCCCGUCCCACACCGGGCGACCUGCCUCCUCGUCGGAAGGCGAGGCCGGGAAGACGAGAGCGAGCCUUGCGACGCCUUCAGCGAGAAGCGGAGAUUCUUCAGGACCCCUCCAUGUUGCAGCGGGUUGAGGCACCUGGCCUGCGCCCGGGCCCUGAUCCGACUCUGUCGCCGACGCCGACGCCGACGACUCAUGCGGAUGCGUCCUCACUGGUGGUAGAGGGGGAUGCAGUAGGGAAAGACGGUGUUCAGUCGUCGCACGACCAGCAGCUAGCCGAACCCGUGAGCACUCUGGCUCAAGGCCAAGCAGACGACGUUGAGAACGCUGCCGCCUCGCAGCACGACCAGCACUCCAUUUCCCCGCCUCCUUACGACCCGAUCGCGCUGGGACUGGAAGCGGCGCGAUUUAUCCUGCAGCAGCAUGGAUCAAGCCAGUACCCGACAGAGGCGAUGGCGCACGAUCAACCACAGGAACGACACCUCGUGGACUGGGCGAUCCAAUGGCAAGAGGCCGCGUCAGGACUUCCGAGGGACGGUGCGUCAACGGCUACUGUGACGCUGCCUCAGAUCCAUUCCGAGCAGGCUGAGGGCGGCGCACCCCUGGGGAUGGCCAAUGUCGAGAGCUUGCCCUCGCACCACUGGCAGCCGCAGCCGUUCACGCCAAGCAUGACUCUCAACCAGGGCGGAGAGGUACCUAUUGGCAAUUUGCAGAACGACGAGUACGAGGCGCCGUACGCCUUCCCCAGCGAGUGGCCCGUCCCUACGGCACAGCAGGCACCUGAAAUG